AUGUUUCUGUCACUGCCUACGCUAACUGUACUUGUUCCACUGUUGUCCUUAGCGGGUCUGUUUUAUUCAGCCAGUGUGGAUGAAAAGUUCCCAGAGGGCUGCACCAGCACAACCAGCUUGUGUUUCUACAGUCUGCUUCUUCCUAUUACCAUACCAGUUUACGUGUUCUUUCACCUUUGGACCUGGAUGGGUAUUAAACUUUUUAGACACAACUGAUAAGGCAAAAAGCUUGACAGGCACCACAAAAAUAGACUUGCCAACCUUGUGGCUGCUCGAAGAGAGCAAUAUAUCUUCACCUACCCACACCCUAAUAUUCCAUGCACUUGCAAUAGUCUCCUAGCAUAAGUGGUGGUCUUUAUUAAUCUCCCAAUGAUGCCUGAAAAUGUAACUUUCUGCACAAGCCUUGAUGCACAAUGGCCUCAUUACUGCUGAGAGAGAUAAUUAAACAACAUUUCUCUUUUUCCUCCUCCAUGUUAGCGUGUCCCCUCAAAACCUAUGGGUGUAUUGUAAGGCUAUGCUACUAGCCCGUCAAAGCUGUUGUGUCUCUUUGAAAAGAAUAAAUGUUGUGCACUGCUUGA